AUGGCACCCACCGUUCUCCCUGCCUCUGGCAACCCGCUAGUCUUCUUCGACAUCACCCUCGGCGGCGAGCCCCUCGGCCGCAUCACCUUCGAGCUCUUCAAGGACGUAGUCCCCAAGACGGCCGAGAACUUCCGGCAGUUCUGCACGGGCGAGAGCAAGAACAACCUCGGUCGGCCGCAGGGGUAUAAGGGGAGCAAGUUCCAUCGGAUUAUCCCCAACUUCAUGUGCCAAGGCGGUGACUUUCUCAACGGCGAUGGCACCGGCUCAACUUGCAUCUACGGCACCAAGAGCUUUGCGGACGAGAAUUUCUUGCUGAAGCAUGAUACGCCUGGGUUGCUUUCUAUGGCUAACGCCGGCCCAAACACAAACGGCUCGCAAUUCUUCAUCACUACGGUCCCGACCCCCUUCCUGGACGGCAAGCACGUCGUGUUUGGUAAAGUCGUGGAUGGAAUGGAUGUCGUCAAGAAGAUGGAGAACACCAAGACUGGAUACCGCGGUAAGGACGUGCCAAACCUGGAUGUGGUGAUUGCUCAGUGUGGUGAGAUGUAAAAAGGG